GCAGUGUUGCGCUACUUUUUUUUUUUUUUAUCUCUUCAUUUAUAAACAAUAAUAAUAACAAGAAAAACCAUCAAUAUUUUAUCAAGUAUUUCAUUUCCUAUAUAUAGUUCUGUUCCUCUCCUUUUCAUUGUCCUUCUGAUAAAGAAAAUGAUGAUCAGCAACGGAGCAGAGGCAUCAGCAGCAGCAGGAGUUAUGGAGAAGAGGCCAAAUACUAAGAUUGUUUGUACGCUGGGACCCGCAUCAAGAUCUGUCCCCGUGAUCGAGAAACUCUUGAAGGCUGGCAUGAACGUUGCUCGCUUCAACUUCUCUCAUGGAUCUCAUGACUAUCAUCAAGAAACCCUUGAUAAUCUUAUGGCCGCUAUGGUCAAUACUGGCAUUCUCUGUGCUGUCAUGCUCGACACCAAGGGACCAGAGAUUCGUACUGGGUUCCUGAAAGAUGGGAAACCCAUCCAGCUCAAUCAGGGUCAAGAAAUCACCAUAUCAACUGACUAUAGCUUGAAGGGUGAUGAGAAUAUGAUUUGCAUGAGCUACAAAAAGUUGGCCGAGGACGUGCAACCUGGAAUGGUGAUACUUUGUGCAGAUGGAACAUUAUCAUUUACAGUAUUGUCGUGUGACACAGAAGCUGGUUUGGUUCGAUGUCGCUGUGAAAAUUCUGCUGUUCUUGGUGAGAGGAAAAAUGUUAAUCUCCCAGGAGUUAUAGUGGAUCUUCCAACCUUAACAGAGAAGGACAAGGAAGAUAUAUUGUCUUGGGGAGUUCCCAAUAAAAUUGACAUGAUUGCUUUAUCUUUUGUUCGAAAAGGCUCAGACCUUGUGGAGGUCCGGAAGUUGCUUGGAAAGCAUGCUAAGAACAUCCUUCUCAUGUCAAAGGUUGAAAAUCAAGAAGGAGUGGCAAACUUUGAUGAUAUUUUAGCAAAUUCAGAUGCAUUUAUGGUGGCUCGCGGUGACCUUGGAAUGGAAAUCCCAAUUGAAAAAAUUUUCCUUGCACAGAAAGUGAUGAUCUACAAGUGCAACAUUCAAGGAAAACCAGUUGUCACUGCAACACAGAUGUUGGAGUCCAUGAUCAAGGCCCCGCGGCCAACUAGAGCAGAAGCCACUGAUGUUGCCAACGCAGUUCUUGAUGGUACUGACUGUGUGAUGCUGAGUGGUGAAACAGCAGCUGGAGCUUAUCCAGAACUUGCUGUUCAGACCAUGGCCAAAAUAUGCGUAGAAGCUGAAAGCACGCUGGAUUAUGGAGAUGUCUUUAAAAGAACUACGAAACACUCGCCAGUGCCCAUGAGCCCAUUAGAGAGUCUGGCCUCAUCUGCUGUUAGAACAGCCAAUUCAGUAAAAGCAUCUCUUAUAUUGGUCUUAACAAGGGGAGGAAGCACUGCAAAACUGGUGGCAAAAUACAGACCAGGCAUGCCCAUUUUGUCUGUCGUCGUCCCUGAGAUUCAGACCGAUUCCUUUGAUUGGUCAUGUAGUGAUGAAGCUCCUGCAAGGCACAGCCUUAUAUUCCGUGGGUUGGUACCAGUUUUAUAUGCAGGAUCUGCUAAAGCUUCUCAUGCUGAGACAACUGAAGAAGCUUUGGAUUUUGCCCUUCAACAUGCCAAGGGGAAGGGUCUAUGCAGGACUGGGGAUCCUGUGGUAGCUCUGCAUCGGGUUGGAACUGCAUCUGUCAUCAAGAUCAUAAAUGUGAAGUGAUGUUUGAAUACACUGACCUUUUGUUCUACUUUCAUUUUUGGGAGGUCUCAUGAAUCAGGAUGAAGGAAAAGACACUGCUAGUAUUUCCGUUCUGCUUUCCUUUUCCUCUAACCUUUUCUCUAGGAACGAAAGAAACUUCGGUUAUUAUUUACGUUGUUUUCUUGAGCUCAUGGUUUGAAGCUUAUAUCCUCGAACAACAAUUUGGUUCCUGGGAAUUUUGAUCUUUGUAGAACCCUGUAGUUGAUUUUUGUCAUACAACCAAAUUGUUUUGUCGUAUGUUCUCCGUUGGCAUGCGAAGCUUGCCCCCAAACUCUUAAAGUACUUGGACGUUCAUGAAUCCAUUUCAAGCAUAAGAAAUCCUUGUUUUUGUUGUUUUA